AUGGACUCUCCUAUGUACAAGGACGACACCCCCAAUGGCAGAGGCAAGGACAGCGCUUCUCCUCAGAGAGGCUUCCAACCUCGCCACGGUGAGAAUGGUGUCAUCAAGGUUCAGCCUCCGCGCAGAGAGGACCUGCAGCCCUCGUACGCGCAGAUGCUUCAGGGCGAGACUGAACCCGAUGCCCAUGGCUGGUACGGUUCUAUGAUCAACACGCUCGGAUCCUGUGUCGGUUUCUUCGGUGCCAUUCCUUGCUGCAUCGUCUGCCCCAACCCUUACAAGCCUGUAUCACAGGGCAACGUCGGCCUCGUCACCAAGUUCGGCAAAUUCACUCGCGCCGUCGACCCUGGUCUGGUUAAGAUCAAUCCCCUCUCCGAGCGCCUGAUUCAGGUCGAUGUCAAGAUCCAGAUUGUUGAGGUGCCCCGGCAAGUCUGCAUGACCAAGGACAAUGUCACCCUCAACCUGACCUCGGUCAUCUACUAUCACAUCACCUCGCCACACAAGGCCGCAUUCGGCAUCUCAAACAUCCGGCAGGCUCUGAUCGAGCGUACCCAGACUACUCUGCGCCACGUCGUUGGUGCCCGCGUCCUACAGGACGUCAUCGAACGUCGCGAAGAGAUCGCCCAAAGCAUUGGCGAGAUCAUCGAGGAUGUCGCGAUGGGUUGGGGCGUCCAAGUCGAGUCUAUGCUCAUCAAGGACAUCAUCUUCAGCAACGACCUACAAGACUCGCUCUCCAUGGCCGCCCAGUCUAAGCGUAUUGGUGAAUCCAAGGUCAUCGCUGCCCGCGCUGAGGUCGAGUCCGCCAAACUCAUGAGACAAGCCGCCGACAUUCUCAGCUCUGCUCCUGCCAUGCAAAUCCGUUACCUCGAGGCUAUGCAAGCCAUGGCCAAGACGGCCAACAGCAAGGUCAUCUUCCUGCCUGCCGCCAACCAGACUAUGCCUGAGGGUGCUAUGAAAGCGGCGCUGGCCCCAGACGCUGGGGGCCCCAGCAACUAUCAAAGCAAGCAGAACACCGGCAACCAGUUCAAUAUGGACUCAGGUGACGGAUUCCAACAGGCCAUGAACGCUCGCGUCAUUGAGAAUAUUUAA